AAUUCUUGUAAAUAUUAAUGACCGAUUGUGAUGAUGUAUUUUGAUAAAACGUCACAAUUCGUUUAAAAAAAAGAAGAAGUUUUCUUAAGAAGGUAUAAACAAUCCGAAUUUUUGUGAUUUGAUUAAAAGAAAGUGUUAAAAACAAUUAUGUCAGUAUUACGUAAAACUGACGAAAUGUUAGAAAACAUUACGAGAUCAUUAGAAACUUGGAAAAAAAUAAUAACAAACGUGUGCGGUAGUGAAGACGAUAUUAACCUUUUAAAACAACAAGUGGAAGCUUACAGUAAGUUAGAACAAGAAUAUGAUAAAACAGAUAAAGCUAUACAACUAUUAGAUGAAAAGUUGAAUAAUUCAACAACAUGUGAAGAUGUAGAUACACUGUAUCAAGAUUGUUACGAAAGCUUAGCCACUAGAUCUACAAUAAAUCAUCAAGAUAGUAAAGUUUGGAAAGUGGUAUUCAAAGAUUUAUCUGACGUCAAAGAAAUACGGAUUAAGAAGAAAAAAAUUGAUAAUGAUCAAUACGAAGCGGUAGACGAUUCUUUAAUGUAUUCUAAUGUGUUUUCUCCACCAAUCGAUCCUAUUACUAAAGUGGUUGUAAGGAAUCCGUGCCGAAAUAAAACGUGCGAUCAUAUUUACGAAUACGAUUCAAUAGUGGAUUACAUUAAACGUGUAAAACAGAAAGCAAAAUGUCCUUACAUAGGCUGCACCAGUAGACAAUUGAGAGUGACAGAUUUAGUUAAAGACAAUGCAAUGAAGAAUCAAAUUUCUCGAUAUUUAGAAACGCAUCAAAGUGAGACUGAAGAAGAUGACGAUUGAAAUAAGUAACAGCUUACAUAGUUUCUUAUAUAAAAUGUUAAAUUUUUCAAUAAUAGAAAGUGUUAUUAAAAAAAUUCUACUUGUUGCAAAAUAAAUAACUUCUAGCCUGUUUUAUUACAAAAUUCUAUAAUUUUUACGAUCUGAAAUUUUUUAAAACUCCACAUCAGUACGUCAACUGUCAUCUGUCAUCAUUAAAAUAUAUAAGACCAUUCAUAGUUGCCGUUUGACGUCGCCGUCUACCAUUUGCGACAUAAUAGUAAUAGAAAAGAGCCAAUCACAUCCGUUUGAGUUUAUCACGUGAUCAAAUAUUAAAAACACUUCGUAAUUUUCCAUAAAUGCGUCUAUAAAUACCAUAUUACUAACAAAAAUAUUACGAAAUCACAAAGCAAUAAAUUUUUAGGUUAAUGGCAGCAAGUUUACCAAUAGGGUCAAUAGACGGUAAACGGAAAGUCAAAUUUAUGAAUCGGUCGUUAGAAGUCUUCAAUGUCCAUAUUUUUGUGGUAGUAUCACGUAUUAUUUUUCCAAAUCAGAAAGAAAGUAUAACAUUGAUAUUGCCACAACAAAUAAACAUCAUUAUCAACCAUUACCUUUAACAAUAUAUAAUAUAUCGACAUCUUAUUUUAUUUAUUCUACUUUUAGAAUAAACUGAAUGCGUUUUUAUUUGUUUUCUGCAGUGAUUGACAAUAAAUGUAAUUUAUAACCAUUAUUUCAAGACGUAAUUUUAUAACACGCGUUAAUUCCACCUCUACAUUUUAUUAUAAAUUCAAUAAAAGUUUUAAUUAAU